AUGAGAACUAAUUGGAAAGAAGCAGGUGAUAAAGAAGCAAGAGAAGCAGGUGAUAAAGAAGCAGGUGAUAAAGAAGCAGGAGAAGCAGGAUACGCAGGAUAUGCAGGAAAUACAGUAAGGAGAAAAGGAGGCAAUUUGGCUCAAAGAUUUGGAAACUGGACCUUGAGAAGAAACUUUGCAAAAGUGACGAUUUUUCACUUAACGCUUGCUGCCGAGUAUUGCUCCACUAUCGAGCAGAGCGAGCUGCCGGGUAUUGCUCCACUAUCGAGCAGAGCGAGCUGCCGGGCAUUGCUCCACUAUCGAGCAGAGCGAGCUGCCGGCUGCUGGGUAUUGCUCCACUAUCUCGCUUCGCUUGAUAGUGUCGCUUCGCUCGAUAGUGUCGCUUCGCUCGAUAGUGUCGCUUCGCUCGAUAGUGUCGCUUCGCUCGAUAGUGUCGCUUCGCUCGAUAGUGUCGCUUCGCUCGAUAGUGUCGCUUCGCUCGAUAGUGUCGCUUCGCUCUAUAGUGUCACUCGAUAG